AUGGAGCCAAUACCAUCUCCAGGAUAUGAGUACUGGCAUUUGAGUGGAAUGCCUUCUGAUUGUCUACAGGAAGGAAAUGAUGAGCAAGUUAUCCUCCAUGAUGUUGAAAGCAGUGAGACUUUGGAUGUGUUUGCCCAUGAAGAUGCAGUGUAUGGCUUGUCAGUGAGCCCUGUGAAUGACAACAUUUUCGCUAGUUCUUCAGAUGAUGGCCGGGUUCUGAUUUGGGACAUCCGGGAGUCUCCCCAUGGAGAGCCCUUUUGCCUGGCAAACUAUCCAUCAGCCUUUCACAGUGUCAUGUUUAACCCUGUGGAGCCCAGGUUGUUGGCCACAGCCAAUUCAAAGGAAGGAGUGGGCCUCUGGGAUAUUCGAAAACCUCAGAGUUCUCUCCUGCGAUAUGGUGGAAACCUGUCCCUCCAAAGUGCCAUGAGUGUGCGGUUCAACAGCAAUGGGACCCAGCUCCUUGCCUUGAGGCGGCGCCUGCCCCCUGUGCUGUAUGACAUCCACUCCCGCCUGCCGGUGUUUCAGUUUGACAAUCAGGGUUACUUCAACUCAUGCACCAUGAAAAGCUGCUGCUUUGCAGGAGAUCGUGACCAGUAUAUCCUUUCUGGCUCUGAUGACUUCAACCUGUACAUGUGGAGGAUUCCUGCAGAUCCAGAAGCAGGUGGCAUUGGUAGGGUGGUCAACGGAGCCUUCAUGGUGCUGAAAGGGCAUCGAUCUAUUGUUAACCAGGUUCGAUUUAAUCCCCACACCUACAUGAUCUGCUCUUCUGGUGUAGAAAAAAUUAUCAAGAUCUGGAGCCCGUACAAGCAGCCAGGAUGCACCGGAGACCUCGACGGUCGGAUCGAGGAUGAUUCCCGCUGCCUCUACACCCACGAAGAGUACAUCAGCCUUGUGCUUAACAGUGGGAGUGGCCUGUCACACGACUAUGCCAACCAAUCGGUGCAGGAGGACCCCCGGAUGAUGGCCUUCUUUGACUCCCUGGUGCGCCGAGAGAUUGAAGGCUGGAGCUCUGACUCCGACAGUGACCUCAGCGAGAGCACGAUCCUGCAGCUGCACGCCGGGGUCAGUGAGCGCUCAGGCUACACUGACUCUGAGUCUUCAGCCUCACUGCCUCGCUCCCCACCUCCCACAGUAGAGGAGUCUGCUGACAGCGCCUUCCACCUGGGGCCCCUGCGGGUUACCGCUACCAAUGCUGUGGCGUCAGCUCCACCAACACCCACAUGUGAGGAUGCAGCUGCUCGCCAGCAACGUCUGUCUGCUCUGCGGCGCUACCAGGACAAGCGCCUCCUGGCCCUUUCCAACGAGUCUGAUUCUGAAGAGAAUACCUGUGAGGUUGAGCUGGACACAGACCUCUUUCCCCGGCCACGGUCACCCAGCCCUGAAGACGAGUCCAGCAGUUCCAGCAGCUCCAGCAGCUCAGAAGACGAAGAGGAGCUGAAUGAACGGCGAGCCUCUACCCGGCAGCGCAAUGCCAUGCGCCGCCGUCAGAAGACACCUCGAGAAGAGAGGCCCAGUGCCCCUGCCAAGCCCACCAGCACCUACGUCGGAGAAGACAAUUAUGACUACCCCCAGAUCAGAGUGGAUGACCUCUCCUCCUCGCCUGCCUCCUCCCCCGAGCACAGCACUUCUACUCUCGAGAUUCAGCCGAGCCGGGCAUCACCAACGUCAGAUAUAGAAUCGGUUGAACGAAAGAUCUAUAAAGCCUACAAGUGGCUCCGCUACUCUUACAUCUCCUAUUCAAAUAACAAAGAUGGAGAGACCUCCCUCGUGACAGGGGAGUCAGAUGAAGGGAGAGCGGGGACCAGCCACAAAGACAACCCAGCCCCUUCUUCCAGUAAGGACACCUGUCUAAAUACAGCAGGCACCCAGAGGAACCAGGAUCUGCCUCCUGAAGGUUGCAGCAAGGACACUUGUAAAGAGGGGACUUCUAGAAAUUCCAGCAGUGGCCCAGGCCACGAGCAUAGCAGCCAUCCCUGGGCAGAGGUGCCAGAGGGGACUUCUCAGGACACCGGCAGUGGUGCUGCUGCAGAACACCCUUUUGAAAGCAAGAAGCUCAAUGGAAAGGCCCUGAGCAGUCGGGCUGAGGAGCCACCUUCUCCUCCUGUCCCCAAGGCAUCUGGCUCCGCUCUCAACAGUGGGUCUGGCAACUGUCCCCGGACCCAGUCUGAUGACAGUGAAGAGAGGAGCCUCGAAACCAUCUGUGCCAACCACAACAAUGGACGCUUACACCCCCGCCCCUCUCACCCUCACAAUAAUGGGCAAAACUUAGGGGAGCUGGAGGCAAUGGCCUGUUCUUCCCCAGGACAUGUGGACGCUGACUGUGCUCAUUCGUCCCUGACGGGGACACUCCUACACAAAGAUUGUUGUGGGUCUGAAAUGGCCUGUGAGACCCCCAGUGCUGGAAUGAGAGAGGACCCCACUGACCCCCCAGCCACAGACAGCAGCAGAGCUGUUCAUGGCCACAGUGGCCUGAAAAGGCAUCGAGUUGAAUUGGAAGAUACAGAUUCAGAGAAUUCCUCCUCAGAGAAGAAAUUAAAAACAUGAUAAAUACAAAGGGAAAACAAAAAGCUACAAAAAGUAGCCUUACCAAAAAAAAAAAAUUCUGUUUAGUGAACACACAGGAAAGAAAAAACAAGUAUUAAAAGGCACAUAAAACCAGGGCCUGAAA